AAGGGGAGCCGGCCGAGGGAAGGACUUCAACUCCCGGCACGCCGCGCGGCCCGGCGUCGCUCCGUCUCCGCUCGGCCUGCGUAGGGCUUUGAGGAAACCGGCGGCGGGUCGGUGCUCGGCCGGGGCCGGGGGGCGGGAAUGGGACGCCGAACGCGGGCCGCCACCGCCGCGGCCCACAGCGGCAGCUUUUAUGACUGGCGAAUGUGGGGCUAGAGCAUGAGCACCAACAAAAACGCCCGCUACAACCGUUACUCCAGCGGCACAGCCAACGGCGCUUCUUCAGAAAGCGCGAACGGGACGAGGAUGGAGACCACGUUUGGCCCUGCGUUCUCGGCAGUGACCACCAUCACCAAAGCGGAUGGUAGCAGCACGUUCAAGCAGCACCGCCGGACGCCCUCCUCUUCCAGCACGCUCACCUACUCCCCUCGGGACGAGGAGGAUGGCAUGCCGCCCAUCAGCACUCCGCGCCGGUCCGACUCGGCCAUCUCCGUCCGCUCACUGCACUCCGAGUCCAAUAUGUCCCUGCGCUCGACUUUCUCUCUCCACGAGGAAGAGGAGGAGCCAGAGCCGCUGGUGUUUGCUGAGCAGCCGUCAGUGAAGCUCUGCUGCCAGCUGUGUUGCAGCGUCUUCAAAGACCCCGUGAUCACCACCUGUGGGCACACAUUUUGCAGGAGAUGUGCCUUAACCUCUGAGAAGUGCCCGGUGGACAAUGCCAAACUGACCGUGGUCGUCAACAACAUCGCUGUGGCCGAACAGAUCGGAGAGCUCUUCAUCCACUGCAAAUACGGCUGCAGGCCUGUGGCGAGCGGCAAGCCCUCUGCCUUUGAAGUGGACCCCCGUGGGUGCCCCUUUACCAUCAAGCUCAGUGCCAGAAAGGACCAUGAAGCCAGCUGCGACUAUCGGCCAGUGCGGUGUCCCAACAACCCGAACUGCCCUCCCCUUCUCAAGAUGAACCUGGAGGCCCAUCUCAAGGAGUGUGAGCACAUCAAGUGCCCCCAUUCCAAAUAUGGGUGCCUGUUCAUCGGGAACCAGGACACGUACGAGGCCCACCUGGAGAUGUGCAAGUUCGAGGGCCUGAAGGAGUUCCUGCAGCAGACGGACGACCGCUUCCACGAGAUGCAGGUGGCCCUGGCCCAGAAGGACCAGGAGAUCGGCUUCCUGCGCUCCAUGCUGGGCAAGCUCUCGGAGAAGAUCGACCAGCUGGAGAAGAACCUGGAGAUGAAGUUUGACGUGUUGGAUGAGAACCAGAGCAAGCUAAACGAGGACAUGAUGGAGUUCCGGCGUGACGCCUCCAUGCUGAAUGAUGAGUUGUCCCAUAUCAACGCCCGGCUGAACAUGGGGAUCUUGGGCUCCUACGACCCCCAGCAGAUCUUCAAGUGCAAAGGGACCUUCGUUGGGCACCAGGGCCCCGUCUGGUGCCUCUGCGUCUACUCCAUCGGAGACCUGCUCUUCAGCGGCUCUUCAGACAAAACCAUUAAAGUGUGGGAUACCUGUACCACGUACAAGUGCCAAAAGACCUUAGAGGGCCAUGACGGGAUUGUCCUGGCACUCUGCAUCCAAGGGAACAAGCUGUACAGUGGCUCUGCAGACUGCACCAUCAUCGUCUGGGACAUUCAAACCCUGCAGAAGGUCAACACCAUCCGUGCCCACGACAACCCGGUGUGCACUUUGGUCUCCUCGCACAACAUGCUGUUUAGUGGCUCCCUGAAAGCCAUCAAGGUCUGGGACAUUGUGGGCACGGAGCUGAAGCUGAAGAAGGAGCUGACAGGGCUGAACCACUGGGUCCGGGCACUCGUAGCAUCCCAGAACUACCUGUACAGCGGGUCCUAUCAAACAAUCAAGAUCUGGGACAUCCGGAACCUGGAGUGCGUGCACGUUCUGCAGACCUCCGGCGGAAGCGUCUACUCCAUCGCGGUCACCAACCACCACAUUGUCUGCGGCACCUACGAGAAUCUCAUUCAUGUGUGGGACAUUGAGUCCAAGGAGCAAGUGCGCACGCUGACGGGACAUGUGGGCACCGUUUAUGCCCUGGCGGUCAUCUCCACCCCUGACCAAACCAAAGUCUUUAGCGCGUCGUACGACAGGUCCCUGCGGGUGUGGAGCAUGGACAACAUGAUUUGUACCCAGACGCUCUUGCGACACCAGGGUAGUGUCACAGCGCUGGCUGUCUCAAGGGGACGCUUGUUCUCGGGUGCCGUCGACAGCACCGUCAAGGUGUGGACAUGCUAGCAGAUGCCGGCACCCGUGCCGAGACGCUGGACUACCAAAUAUUUCCCCCCACCGGCUCUCACUUGACACGCUCUUCUUCCUAUCUCUGAAGCCACCUGAGAGACAGUGCCACCGCACCCAAAUACCUCAGACGACUGCCUUCACGCCACUUGCUUGGCCCGUGGUGGUGUGGCAGGAUGGUUGAUGUCCUCGUCUGCCAGCAUCUUGACUGUGACGGUGACUCCCAUAUCUCUGAGGUUGUUGGAGGGAACCAACAGGCUGAAUUGGGAUUGGACAGGGCAGCUUAAGGGCCGCCAAAGCGAAGCACUGCAAAUCCAGUGCCGGAGCCCGGCUCUGUUUGGGUCCUCUCUUUGUCUAUCUGCUUUCAGCCCAGUGCUGAAAGGGGAGACCAGCCCCCCCACCCCUACCUCCCACCCUCCUCAUGGUAAGCAGGUACGAUUCCUCCACCACCACAGGUACUGCAAGGCUGUCUGCACACAGAAUCAUGUUACAGUGGGCUCUCCAGUGCAAAUACAGGGAGGGAAGCCCGCCAUUUGUGUUUGUAAUGACAUUUUCUACAGUUUUUAAAAUUGUGAUAUAGAUUUGGGGUUUUUUUCUUCCUUGACAAUAAAAACCGGAUCAUUCUUUGAAA